AUGACGUUGGAGGUCCCCUCCGUUCAGAGCAAGGAGGCCUGGAACAGUUUCCUCCAGCUGUUCUCGUUGGCCGACGGCAUCGUGAUCCUGCGCAUAUCGGAUGAUGCGGAACAUGAUCAGGAAGGCUACGUGGCAAAGUCCCCACUGCUUGGUGAGGUGUAUGAGAUCGUUCAAAGCAGACCAAUGUUCAUCGUCUGCGUGUGCAAGGGCCCAGUUCGAGCUUCGCUGAUGACUUUCCCGGCGAUCUCGCAGCUGGUGCUGGCCACAACAGGGGCUUCGUUUGGCUUGCCCAAGUACCGACAUGACCUACAUCCUAUCACCCCGAUUGCUCUAAAGAAGAGAAUGAUGGAGAAGGCUGUUCGCCGUCUUCAGCUAGUUGGUGAUCCGAUCGAUGCGAACGAAGCGCAGAGGUUAGGUUUGGUGGACUUCAUCGGUGAUGAGGCCGAGGUGGAGAACGAGAUAUGCAGGUUAGUCUACAGAAAUUGUUCGCCCUCGAGCCAGUAUUUCAUGUACAAGUCCGACCUUGUCAAGGCCAUGAGAGCCAAAGAGGAAGCUUGA